AAGGAGCCUGCACAGCUGAAGGGAUAUCAGGGAUGCCUUAUGUCAUAGCUCUCUGUCUCCGCCCCCUCCCCACCCCCCGGAAGUAGCUGCGGAGACAGUAAGCUCAGCCAGGUUAUAGGCUGGACAUGAGUCUAUCAGGAUUCCGGUUGUAUAUGAGGACAUCACAGGCAGCGGGCAGAGUUCUCUGCCUGACAAAUCAUAGAUGGAGAAGUAGAACGUGUUGUAGAUCUAUGAGCUCCCCUGCAGACCCUCCUCUCACCACUGAGAGGUACAGCGUGUCCCGCCUUCCAUUUUCAGAAGUCACAGCUGAGGAUCUCAGUCACUUCCAGAAAUUAAUUCCUGGUCGGGUUAUUACGGAUGAAGGUGACCUGAGAUCACAUAACAUUGACUGGCUGAAAACAGUGAGAGGUUGUAGCAAAGUUCUUCUAAAGCCUAGAAAUACAGAAGAAGUGUCACAAAUUCUGAAGUACUGUAACAGGAGAAGCCUGGCUGUGACUCCCCAAGGUGGAAACACAGGCUUAGUUGGUGGCAGUGUCCCUGUCUUUGAUGAGAUCCUGGUUUCAACAGCAUUGAUGGACCAGGUGAUUAGCUUUGAUAAUAUUUCAGGGGCCUUGGUUUGCCAGGCUGGCUGCAUUUUGGAAUCUCUGAACCAAUAUCUGGGAGAGCGAGGAUAUAUCAUGCCAUUAGAUCUUGGUGCAAAAGGAAGCUGUCACAUUGGAGGCAACCUAGCUACAAAUGCUGGAGGCCUGAGGCUUCUCCGAUAUGGUUCUCUACGUGGGACAGUUUUAGGACUGGAAGCAGUACUUCCUGAUGGGUCUGUUCUAAACUGUCUGAAUUCUCUGCGCAAAGACAACACAGGCUAUGACCUGAAGCAGCUGUUCAUUGGCUCUGAAGGAACUCUUGGUAUCAUAACUGCAAUCUCUAUACUGUGUCCACGCAAACCCAGCACUGUCAAUGUAGCCUUUCUGGGAUGUGAGAAUUUCAACAAAGUGCUGCAGAUCUUCACCAUGUGCAGAGAUGAACUUGGGGAAAUCCUUUCUGCCUGUGAAUUUCUGGACUCUGAAUGCAUGAGGCUUGUGGAAACUCAUUUGAACCUCACUAACCCUCUGUCAGAGAAUGCAUUCUAUGUUUUGGUGGAAACAUCUGGAUCUUGUGCAAAGCAUGAUGAAGAGAAACUUAAUGCAUUUUUAGAGAAGGCUCUGGAUUUGGGGUGUGUGACUUCUGGCACAGUGGCUACAGACCAUGGUAAAAUAGCGUCCCUCUGGUCUCUUCGGGAGCGCAUCACAGAGGCUCUGGCACAUGAUGGUUACGUCUACAAAUAUGACUUAUCCAUUCCUGUAGAGAAACUCUAUACCCUGGUUGAAGAAACAAAGGCUCGUUUGGGAUCCUCUGCUGAAUCUGUGGUUGGUUAUGGCCAUUUAGGUGAUGGGAACUUGCAUUUAAACAUCACAGCACAGGCACACAGUGAUACCAUACUGGCUGCAUUGGAGCCCUUUGUAUAUGAAUGGACCUCUCAACAGAAUGGCAGUAUCAGCGCUGAGCAUGGUUUGGGAUUUAAGAAAAGGGACCACAUUUAUUACAGCAAAUCUAGAGAAGCAGUGCAGUUAAUGCAGAAAAUUAAACACAUGCUGGAUCCAAAAGGCAUAAUGAACCCUUACAAGACCAUUCCUACAACUGACAGAUGACAGGUGUCCUUUUGUUACCUUCCAGCUGCUGUUUAUGUGAUUCAUGUAAAUUUGUUAGGGGAUCUAGUGCAAUGGGCAAUGUUUCCCUGUGGAAGUUGUCACACCAGAAUUUAACUGAGAAACAACUGGUUGUGGACCGAUGGGUAGAUGCAGUAUGUGUGUGUUUCUAUAGAAAACGAUUAACACCUAGAUGCAAAAAUUGUUUUCAACAUGUGAACUCCUACAAAGUCUGAUUAUCAGAAACACAAUGCUUUUCUAAUUGUUUGAUAUUUCACAGCAGUGUAAAGCCAACCUAAUGCUAACUGCUAAAGAAAAAAUAUCAGACAUGUAUAGCGAAAAUGUGAUUAUAUUACUAUUUUGUGUAAAAUAAAUAUUUUUUUGCAUUUUU